AUGCAGUCCUGGAACAAAGUCCGGACACCCCUCCCAACCUCCGUUUAUGCCCCGCCGCCGCCCCGUCGUCGCAUUGGCGUCAUUGCCUUUAUCAUUGCCGUCUCCCUCCUUGCCGUGCUACUGGUCAGCCAACACGCCCCGGCCUCCUUGCCGCGAGCUACCGUUACUGGCAAGGUACCUGCCGUCGGCUUUGAUCGCUACAACGAUACCUAUCCGCUGACCACCCCCGUACAGCUGCCUGAUGGGACUCGGCGCUUCCGCCUUGCCCUCGUGGCUGAUCCCGACAAAGCCAGCCAAGUUUCCUCCUCUGCCUGGGAGAGUCGUCUCCUUCUAGCCACUCUCACCCGCAGCCCUCGUGGCGUCUACUCGCUGGCCCCCGUCGUCUUCAAGCCUCGCUCGCCGCCAAAGGCCGAGGCGCUGAGCUCUCUGAACUUCAAGUGUACAACGGUCGUGUACGGGCCCGCCUUUGUCAAUGCCCUGACAACAGCGUGUCCUCGGCACAUCCUCUCGGAUGGCAACGGGGUCUCGAGCAAGGGGCUCAAGGCCGAAUGGAUGGCCGUCAAAAACCGCCAGCUCUUUGUUGGUGGCCUUGGUCGUGAUUGGACCACGCCCACGGGCGACUUCGUCAAUGCCGACCCCAAAUGGAUAAAGGUCAUUUCCCCCUCGGGAGCUCUGUUUCAUGUCAACUGGACCCUCAAUUACAACGCCCUGCAAAUUGCCGCUCAAACGGGCAUCAACGGGUACCUGUGGCAUGAGGCUGCCACUUGGUCGUCGUAUCUUGAGCGCUGGGUCUUUUGCCCUCGUCGCGUAUCCAAUCAACCCUACGAUGAAAACCUGGACCUGCUGCGCGGCUCCAACCUCGUGCUGACAGCGGAUGAGCACUUCAAGACUGUGACGACCAUGGCCAUUGGCCAGCGCGUCCCGGCGCGAGGAUUUAGCUCGAUCAAAUUUGUGCCUGGCUAUGAUGGCUCCGAGCUGAUUGCCCUCAAGACGGAGGAGUUUGCCAACGGCACGCGUAGCUUCCUGUCAGUUUUGGAUAUUGCCUCUGGCACCGUGCUACUUCCUGAUCAGCUCAUAUCCCAGGAAAAGCUGGAGGGCCUCGAGUUUAUCUAG